AUGUUCUCUCCUGACGAAGAAUUCGUUGAAGAAGGUGAUGCAUCAAGUCCAUUCUAUCUUAUCAUGAUGUUUAUUCUCACACCUCUGGUUGUUAGUCGACGAGUUAAACGAAGUGUAUCAAUAGUACGACAGAAAUUAGGUAGUGGUGUUAAACGUACGAUGUCAAAAUCAAUAAAUGGCCUUUCAUCAACAGCAAAACGAUUAGCCAGAAUGAAAAAUUUCGUUAAAGAACCAAGAACCCUAUUGCAGAAACCCAAAGCACCAUCGAAAAUAUCAAUUUAUAAAAUGUUACCGUUGAAACUGAUCUCUCGUGUCAUGGGUUGGAUAAGUCGUCUAUAUAUACCUGUAUGGCUGCGCCCACUAAUCUUUAAUUUUUAUAUAAAAGCUUUUUCCUGCCAUGCUCAUGAAAUGUUUAAUGAAGAUCUCAAAUCUUAUCCGACAAUAUCACAUUUUUUUCGUCGUAAAAUAAAAAUGGAAUUACGUCCUGUAGAUAAACAAUGUCCAGUAGUAUCACCAUGUGAUGGCCGUAUUUUAACUUGUGGUAAAGUAUCUCGUGGUCUUAUUGAACAAGUCAAAGGCAUCACAUAUAGUGCAUCGUCGUUUCUUGGUGUUCCACUAACUGCUAGUAUACUGAAAUUUCAACAACAAAAUCAAAGUCACAUUGAUUCCAAUAUGGAUCAUGAUGAUGCACAUUCCUAUGCCGAAAGUUUACUUAGAUAUCGUGGUCAUGCACUUUAUUAUUCAGUUAUUUAUCUUGCUCCUGGAGAUUAUCAUCGAUUUCAUUCACCAACAGAAUGGCAAAUAAGUUGGCGUCGUCAUUAUAUCGGCCAUUUAUUCUCUGUAAAUCCUAAAGUUGCUGGUUGGCUUCAAGGUUUAUUUUGUUUAAAUGAACGAGCGGCUUAUUAUGGUUCAUGGAAGUAUGGAUUUUUCUCGAUGACAGCUGUUGGAGCAACGAAUGUUGGCAAUAUUAAUGUUCAUUUUGAUCCCGAUUUAAAAACAAAUAAUUAUCGUCGACCAAGACUAGAAAAAACAUUUCAAACAAUUCGUAAUUCAAAUGGUAUGAUACUCAAACGCACUGAUAAUUUUGGGGAAUUUAAUUUUGGUUCCACUAUUGUACUUGUAUUUGAAGCGCCUGAUAAUCUUGCAUUUAAUGUUAAACCUGGUGAUCUCAUUAGACUUGGUGAAUCAUUAUGUCAUUUUGAAAGAAGAAACGACAUUAAUACAGACAAUAUCAAAGAAGAUAAUGAAUCACCAACUCUCUCGACUGAAGAUAGUGAGAGUUCAAAUGACGAAGAUGAAAGUCCCAAUAUUGAUGAUGACGAACAAAAUAUUGAACAACAAUUACUUAUUGAUACAGUUGCACUUGAUGAAGCUAUUGCUGAUGCUGAUGCUAUUGCAGAUCGAGAAGUGAUAUCGAAUAAUAAUGAUGAUGAACAAAGUUCUUCCAUACCAGACAUCUAA